GCGCUUGCUGGGGCGGGUUUGGUGGCCCGGCGCGGGGACAGGGAAGGACCCCGCUGGUGGCGCUGGCUGCGUGCACAUGUGCUGUGCCAGCGGCCAAACCCCCGCAGCGGAAUCGGGAGGAGGAGGGGAGGGCUUCUACGAGGAGCUUCUGUCUCAUGGCAUCCUGAAGCCACUGACUGCCCCUGUGGAAGGAAUGGUGGUGAGAGAAGGCUCCUGCAAUUACGUGGCRCCCCAGGGCAUCUCCUCGGUUGUCAAGUACUACUUAAAGCAGUCAGGUGCAGAUGUCUCCUACGAGCAGCACGUAACUCACAUUUCCCUCUGGGAUGGGAGGUGGGAAGUCUCCAGGAGAGAGGGGCCCCCGGAGCAGUUCGAUGUGGUUAUUCUCACCAUGCCUGUCCCACAGAUUCUCCAGCUGCAAGGGGACAUUGUCAACAUAAUUAACGAAAGCCAAAAGCAGCAGCUGGAAUGUGUGAGCUACUCAUCCCGCUAUGCCCUGGGUCUGUUCUACGAGGCUGGGACAGGGCUGGCUGUCCCCUGGGCCGCCUGCUACGUGGCCGAUAAUCCCUGCAUCCGCUUCAUCUCCAUCGAUAACCAGAAGCGCAAUAUAGAGUCUCCUGMAAUUGGGCCCUCGGUCGUGGUCCACACGACGGUGACCUUUGGGAGUGAGCAUCUGGACUCAGACCCUGCAGAGGUGCAGCAGUUAAUCCUGAGUCACCUGCAGAGGAUUGUGCCCUCCCUGCCUCAGCCCAGCAGCAUCAAGUUCCACAAAUGGAGAUACUCCCAGGUACCCCGUGGUGGGAUCAGUCAGCUGGGAGGAAGCUGCUGGGGCUGUGCUUUCCAUCCCCAGGGAGCAAGGGGAAAGGCCACGGCUGCUCAGUAUCCAGAACACAUUCCACCAUGGAGCCCUGAGCAGCAUCAGGGCUGCCCAACAAAUCCAGGUCACUUUUAGCCAGUUUUGAACAUUGUGGGCCUGGCUCAGCAGUGAGCUAUGCAGCUCUCCYGGUAGGCAAGGGUAGGAGCGGCGUGCAGGAAGGAAGUAAAUCCCACGUAAUACGGUGGGAUUUUCACUGGUAUUUAAAAAACAUGACUCAGUCCCUCCCUCUGCAUCCAAAAGUAUGUGGUAUUAUUAGCAAAAUUCCCACCCCACCACAGAAGAGCAGAAGUGCAGACRCACUAAUUGUUAUUAUUUGAUUUGGCCUGGCUCAAUUUAACAGAAUGUUAUGCGAAAAGUAUUUUAAAGUAAACUACCUGAGGGUAAUAAUAGCCAAAUGUAUGUAUUUUGCAGUAUUCUUUUAAAAUUCCGAGGAAAAUGUUAGCAAUUUCCUCAAGAAUUGGAGCGUAUCUCCAUGUUUACCCAAAGCCUCUCAAGCUAAAUUACAUCUGUGAAUUUGGACGUGGAGGUUGAUGGAAAUUACUUACUUUUAAAGCAGUCCCCUAAAUUUUUUUCCUUUUUUGAAGUUGCUGUGGAUGGCUGUUGUGGAGUCUGCUCAUGGCCCUUGAUCUGCAUCCAAUUAGCAAACCUGGCCUCGUUAGCACAGAGUUUAUUUUUCAGAGUCAAGUAUAUUGGUGGGAUUGCAAAAGCGACCUUAGCAUGGGUAUUAAUAUUUAUAUAAAACAGCUCAAAAUUGGGGUGUGUUUUGUAAGUUCCCCUUUAUCAGUUAU